CAUAGUAAGUGUUCAUUGAAGUGAUCUAGAGGUUUUUUUGGGCAAAAGGGGAGCCAUUUAACGGCGUUAGAUACCGCCAAUGAUUUUCACACAUCAUCAACGUCCAGCAAAAACGACGUCAUCAACCAAUAACUCCUCCGACAUUUAUAAGUUUUUGGCAGAAACCGUUUCCAUAACACAACAUACUGCCUGUUUUUUUGCUCUCUAGACUCUAUAUAGACAGAGAGAAAACUACAAAGGUUUUUUUGCUCCAAGUAAGACACUUGCGGUAACACAUACAUAAACAAUCAUUGUCAGCUUCUUCUUUCUUUCUUGGCUCUUCUUCAUCAUCUUGCUCUGUUCACAAACUCUUUCGAAAACAGAACAAAGAUAUACAUAUCAUCAAGAAAUGGGAAAGAAAGAUGAGAAAGUCGAAACUGUUCUUCAUUUACUCAGACAGCAAUCUCCUCUCACUCUUAACCAAGAGAAGUUCUGUAACAAAGAGUGCGUGGAGAGAUUCUUGGAAGGGAAAGGAAACAACGUGAAAAGAGCUGCGAAGCAACUACUGUCAUGUCUUUCUUGGAGACAAAGCAUUGAAAUUGAGAGGUUAGGGGCUGAGGAAUUCGCGACGGAGCUUUCCGACGGUGUAGCUUACAUCGCCGGCCAUGACGGAGACGUCAGACCCGUUAUAAUUUUCCGUUUCAAAAACGAUUAUCAGAAAUUGCGUACUCAGAAGCAAUUUUUGCGUUUAGUGGCGUUCACGAUGGAGACUGCAAUAUCGAGCAUGUCCAGAAACGCGGAACGGCGCGUGGUUCUUCUCUUCGAUGCAAGCUUUUUCAGAUCAUCCUCUGCCUUUGCAAAUCUGCUUUUACCAACCCUAAAAAUUAUAGGAGAUAAUUAUCCAUGCCGACUUUACAAGGCCUUUAUCAUUGACCCUCCCUCUUUUUUCCCUUACAUUUGGAAGGGCGUACGUCCAUUCGUGGAGCUAUCAACGCUCACGACGGUGAUCUCUUCGCUGGACUAUGACGAGCAGCUAGAUAUCAGCCACGUUUCCUUAGCAUCCUCAUCAUCAUCAUCAUCAUCAUGUCCUAGAUCCGCUUCCCUACGUUUCGAUGCAUCAUCGAAUAAAUCAGCGGUCGCGAGUGGUUCAGCUUCUUCAAGAUUCGCGUUCACCGUAUCUCAUAACUCCUUGAAGCCGUGGUACCUUUCCUUCACUGACACGUCUCCUCUUAACGCAGCCGUCUCGACCGCGGCCUCUAAAGUUUCUCCGAUCAGCUCGCGGUCGCUAUCUUUCGCGUCUCCGGCGGCGCGUGGCUUAAUAGACGCGAGACAACCCGCAUGCAUGAGAAAGAGUGUGUUUCCCUCGACGCCGUUGCAGGAGAAGACGAAAACGGAGACGUACCGGAAAACACCACGUCCGUCUUUCUUUCAGUCUCCGGCGAUGUUUUUUCGCGGGGGAAAAAAUGUUGGCGGAGGCGAGAAGUCAUCACGUGAAGCGUUCGUACCAUAUCUGAAGUUUUACCGGAGACCGUACGAUGAGACGGCCUAUAGGUCUAAACUGCGGGGUCCACGUGGGUUUGUGUCGGUCGUGUCUUCGCACGUAAGAUGUCGUCAUGCGUCUUUAUCUCAACGGUAAUAACCAGGCUUCUAGCUAUGACGUUAAAAAUACGAGAUUAAGGAACAAAGUAUAUACUAUUAAUUAGAAAAAGUACUACAUUAAUCGGUUCCAUUACUCUACAUUGCGAUGAUAUUUAUUAUUUAAUGAGCUUGAUUUUAAUUUCA